GCGCCAGCCAUGAUUUGUGGACGGCCACACGGUCUCAGCAGCCUCGUCCUCUUCUUGUGCCUAGCGACCGGGCAAGAGUUGCAGGCUUCCCAGAACUGCAUAACAAAACAGCAACUCCUGGCUACUAUCCGGCAAAUGCAGCAGUUUCUCAAAGGCCAGGAAACACGAUUUGUUGAGGGACUACGCAUCAUGAAACACCGACUCACAACUCUGCAGAACACUGUGACUAAAGCCAUCCCAGACCCACAAACUGUGUUUUGUUCUACAUUGGAAGCUCCGGUGAAUGGCAAAAAAUUUGGCACGAAGAAUUUGGUGGAUCAUGAAGUCCAUUUUACCUGUGAUCCUGGAUUUCAGCUUAUUGGUUCCAGUUCUCGAGUGUGUCAGCCAAAUGGCAGCUGGACUGGAAAAGUUCCACACUGCAAAGAUAUAGAUGAAUGUGCACUCUCAUUGCACAGCUGCACUAGGGGAACAACAUGCAUUAACAUCGGAGGAAGCUUUCAGUGUGUCAAGCCAGAGUGUCCCCAGACUGGUGGAAAUGUCAGUUAUGUGAAAACAUCAUCCUUUCAAUGUGAACGGAAUCCAUGUCCCAUGGACAGCAGAUCAUGCCAUCAAGCCCCCAAGACGAUCUCCUUUCAUUAUCUCCCUCUGCCAUCCAAUCUUGCCACUCCCACUCCUCUCUUCCGCAUGGCAACUGCUUCGGCCCCUGGACGGCCUGGUCCUGACAGCUUGCGGUUUGGGAUUAUAGGAGGAAACAGCCGAGGACAUUUUGUGAUGCAACGCUCAGACAGACAGACUGGAGAACUCAUGCUGGUACAAAGGCUACAGGGGCCUCAGACCAUAACAGUGGAGGUUGAGAUGUCCGAGUACCUGGACCGCACCUUCCAAGCUAAACAUGUUUCCAAAAUUACCAUCUUUGUAUCAGUUUAUGAGUUUUAAAAGAGGUUGGUUCAGCAUGGGAGGAAAAACAACUUUUCAUCAGGAAUUUUUCUUUGGUUUCACCAUUGGCUCCCAUGUCAAAGGCUCCAGAAUUAAGAAUGGCAUCAAGCAUGGCUUGGCUUUCUCACCUGAAUUAACAUCGUCCAUUUCUUUUCAGCAUUGCUGGCAUGUAGUCUUUCUGCUUCUAUCCUAGCACACUUUUAGAUGACCCGAAGCCCUUGAAAGUAGGUGAGAAUAGCAGUGUAACCUACUACCAAUUAUUGUUGCUCCAGCCACACUUUGUACCCCAUCUAGCUUCAACCUGCCCUUUGUGAGCCAAUGCAGCAUAUUGUUCAUAUACAGUAGACAGCCAGACCUUAACAAGGCUACCUGCAUUCCAGAAGGCUCUAAGAAAGAAUGAAUAUAGGAUCCCUCUGUGGACAACGUACCUAAGCAACAGUAUUAUCACAAUUAAAGAUGUCAUUUCUAGUUUAUAACAUUGCUAUAUAAUGCUAAAUGUUGAUUUGCUUGGAAAACAGAUGCCUAUCAAUGGAUAAAUUAUGGAGGUAAAUCUGAUAUUUAUCAGACUUCUUUCCUAAUAAAUGCAUGUUGGACUAGAGCAGCAUUUCUCAACCUUGGCAACUUUAAGAUGUCCGGACUUCAAUGUCCAAAAUUGUCCAGCCAACAUCUUAAAGUUGUCCAGAUUGUGAAAUAGUAGACUAGGUUGCAUAUUUCCCUAACAGAAGUGUUGUACUUCAGGAUCAUAAUGUUUGGAAGAAAUUAAUAUCUGCCCCAAAUUCAAUGUUAUACUCCAGAACUCAAAUUGAAAGUUUCCAUUUCUAUCUCUGAAAGAACAACUUUCAGCAAGGUUGUGAAAAUACCAGUUUUUCAGCCUGGAUGAUGUACUUCAUUUAAUGCCAUUUAAUAUUAUAGCAUUACAAAAAGUAAUAUUUUACACUAUUUUAUUUUACUUUUGUUUGUUAGCCAAGAAAAUUAGCAAUAUAAGAACGUGUUUGUGACUCCUUCAGAAAUUUGAUUCUGCUCUACUAUAAUGAAAAUAUUAUUUCCUUUCAAAUAUUUUCUUUGGGCAAAGAAAUGUAGGGCAAAAGGCACUUAUUAAACAUAUUUUUUGUAUUUUUCAAUGAAUGUUUUAGAUUUUCUUUUUAUCUUUAGAUAUACCUCUUAGAACUUGAUCACAGAAACCUAUCUAUUCAGUCAAAAUUGUUUGCAUAUUUAGUCUCCAGGCUAGCUUUUUGGUGCAUAAAUAAAAAAGAUUCUCUAUAACUACCAAUAACAAUUUCAGUAAACUUUAGAAGUCUGUAAAUAUAUAAAGUCAUAUA